AUGGGCUCGAGCAAAGAAGACACCAGCGUAAAGCCUACUGCAGGGGAUGAGCUUGCUGCAGUCCUGCCAGCUGGCGAUCGCCCCUGGUAUAGACAAGGCCAUCUCCUGCGUCUCAAUCUCAUUAUUCUCUCUCUGGUUAUGUUCUCCUCUGCCAACGGGUUCGACGGAUCUCUUAUGAACGGUCUUGAGGCUUUGGAUCAGUGGAAGAGCUUCAUGAACAAUCCCACCGGUGCCAAGCUGGGGUGGCUAAAUGCCAUCUACUGGCUGGGCUGUGGUGUCGGUUACCCGACCGCCUCGUGGAUUGCCAACAAGUACGGACGCAAGCCCGGCGUGUACGUGGGGUAUGUCUUCCUCGCUCUCGGCACUGCGUUGCAAACCGCCGCCCCCAACCCCGUGGCUUUCAUGCUGGCUCGGCUGUUUCUGGGCUUUGCGUCCGCGAUGUUCGGCAACUCUAUCCCCUUGCUGAUCAACGAGAUCGCCUACCCGACGCACCGUGGCAUCCUCAACUCGUUGUUCAUGUCUGGAUGGUACGUCGGUGGCACGGUCGCCGCCUGGGUCGUCUUCGCUUCGCGCACCUACCCCUCCUCGUGGUCUUGGCGGCUGCCCUCGGUGCUGCAGGCCCUGGUGCCCGUGAUCGGCCUGCCGGGGUUCCUGUGGGCGCCCGAGAGUCCUCGGUGGCUGUUGUCUGUAGGCCGUGACGAGGAGGCUCGCAAGAUCCUGGCCCAGUACCACGCCGCAGGGGAUGACUCCUCCCCGCUGGUGAAGUACGAGUUCGAAACCAUCCGGACCACAAUCCGCGCGGAGCAGGAAGCUCACAGCAGCGGCAGCUACGCGGAGAUGGUGCAGACCCCCGGGAACCGAUGGCGGCUGCUGAUCUCCGUUAGUCUGGGGUUCUUUGCGCAGUGGUCCGGCAACGGCGUGGUUUCGUACUAUCUGUCGUUGAUCCUGACCUCCGUGGGCGUGACCCGCGUGCGCGACCAGACUCUGAUCUCGGCGUGUCUGCAGAUGUGGGACCUGGGCUGUGCCGCGCUGGGCGCCUACCUGAUUGAUCGGCUGGGUCGCCGACCGCUGUUUUUGGCGUCCGCGGGCAUCAUGCUGGUUAGCUAUGUGUUGGUGACGGCGUUGUCGGGCUCGUUCAAGUCCACUGGGGACUCCGCGACGGGGGCCGCCGUCAUCCCGUUUCUGUUUGUGUUCUUCGCGGGUUACUGCAUUGCUUUGACCCCCUUCCUAACCGCCUACCCCUGCGAAAUCUGGCCGUACCGCCUCCGCUCCCGCGGCCUGACGGUGACGUGGUGCGCCACCAUCGUGGCCAUGUUCUUUAAUACGUUUGUCAACCCCAUUGCGCUGGAUGCGAUCGAAUGGCGCUACUAUAUUGUGUUCAUCGCGGUGCUGGUGGUGUUCGGCGUCACGGCGUAUUUCUGGUACCCGGAGACCAAAGGGUAUUCGCUGGAGGAGAUUGCGGUGAUCUUUGAUGGGCCGGGGGCGGGAAUCAGGGGUGCGGUGGGUGGUGCAGGUGCUCAGGCUGAUGGGCAGGAAGGGAAGGGAGAGGAGACUGUGCAUGCGGAGGAUGUUUAG